AUGCAACACUGAAAGAUGGGAAACAAGAGGGAGCAUUACAUAUGAUUCCAGGAGCGUUUUAUUUUAAUAUUUUAUUUCCAGAUUUAGCAGGGUCGUCAUACAAUAAAAAGUAAAUAAUUUAAAAUAUGUAUUUAAAUAUCAAAAUGCAAAUCAUAUUAUUUGAACAAAUUGACUAUAAACAUCAGCAUCAGUCAUAAGAUCAAGCAGCAAUAAUAAGACAUGCAGGAGAACCGGAAUAAACAAGAAAACAAAAACAAGAAAAACAAACAAGCAAAACAAACAAAUGUCUACAAAUAUGAAUAGUACAGUAAAACGUUUAGGAAAUAUUAUUUUACUGUACAGAUGUGUACAGUAUCUGUAAUACGGUUAAACAAAGCUGAGUCCUUAAUAAAUGUUCUAUGUGAUAUAAUAAAGGCGCGUCUGUAUGUAACUUACAAAUACAAACACAGCAUUUCGGUUUGGCCAAACAAGAAAUUUACUGCACUCAAGAACAAUGUCAGUCUGCUAAACAUUGAACGUUUGGGGAAAAAAUUUAAAAAAUAAAAUAAAAUAAAAAAAAAUAAAAAGACAGGCGAAUAUACGUUCAAACUGCUUUAAAAUAUCAGGGCUGAAGGUUGCCAGUGAGGGUGUCUAGAAAGCAUACGCUUUAAGCCCCAUGAUGGAAAAUCAUCUUGAGUGUAAACAUGCUACAACCACACUCACAAAGGACUGUAAAAAAAAAAAAAAAAAAAAAAAAAAAAGUUCAUUCAAAGUAUUUUCUUAAUUCAGGUAUCUCUGGAAGACGCUCCGCUAUUUUGGCCAAGUUCAACUUUGGUCAGUGCUAUGUUUUUGUUCCUUGUCACUCUCAAACAGUCAGACGUGUCAGUUUCGGCCGCAGUGUCAUCAAUAUUUUUGGUGAAAAAUGUGUAUCUGAAAUAUCUCCGCCAUGGUAAGCCUUAAUCUCUUUUGUCCACCAUAUAACUCUACCAUGUUGGUUUAAAUCAUUUACAUGCGAAGCAGUUUAAUGAUAACCCGAAAGGCAAAGGUGCGCUUUUUUCCUUUCUCCUUUCCUUUCUCCUUUUUUUUUCUUUUUUUUUUUUUUUUUUUUGCAAGGACCACUUGGUCCGCAGGCGCUUGGCUCCUGUGAAAGAGUUGAUGCGCUGCUUGAUCCCACUGGUCAGGCUGAACAUAAGAGGGCGCUCCCAUUGCACCUGGCUGUGCUGCCCUAUCCACCCUAGACGCACGGAGAGCCGGACACCAAGCUCUCAUGUGGGAUGUAAUGGUAAACAGCGCACCCUUGACAGUUUCAUUCAAUCGAGCAUAAUAAAAACAAAUAUAAAAAUAAACGUAAACAAAUUGCAUUCUAAUAAAUAAAAAUAUUGCAAUGAAACUUGUUUUUUUUUUCUCCUCGCAGCUUCAUGGAAAACCAGUUAAUUCGCGUCAAAAACCUCUUUAACGUAUCUAUUUCGAGAACUUAAAACGAAUAUUGAAAACUUUUACGAGGCAUCCUUAUAUCAGUGGCGAUCACUGUGUAGAAUCCAACCGACAGGUUCUGUGUGUCACUUAUUUAAGGUAUCAUUAUAACUAAAGAAAAACAUCUCAUUUGGAUUUGGAAAAAAACAGCCACGUGCUUUGUUUUGUGCCUCAACCUUGUGCUUCCCGUCCACCUGCAAUAUAGUUAUUAUUAUUAUUAUUAUUUGGAAAUAUUUCCAUGGCAUAAACUCGCUCUGUUUCCUAAAGAAAGCCUGAUGCCCUUUUCAUCUCUGUUUACCAAGCCUGAACACAUGACUGACACCCUCCUUGUUAAUAUUGCAGCCUAUGAACACCUUAAAUCCCCAAAUCCUAAGGAAUAUAAUGGUCGUCAUCUCUUUAUAAAGUUAUAUGACUUUUUCUCGAUAGCAGCUUUUAUCUUUAAAUACUUUCACCCCUGCUCAUUUCCUCUGUUUCCGUUUGUGCUUUGUCUGGGGUUUUGCACGUGCGUGCGUAAACACGCGCGUGGACCCGGGCACGCGUGCACGGCGGCUUAUAAAAUAACAUGAAUUUAAUUCAAUUUGAUAUGAAUGCAUUAAAAUAAAUAUUUCUAAAAGUUGACGAGUGGAGCACGUGGGUCAGAGACAGUCCCGUCACAGGGCAACGGUUCAGGCGAUUAUGGGGCUCUGCCCUCUGUCUGAAUGCACUGUUUUGUUCAUGGCAGCUCUGGCGAUGGUCAAGCACUUCCAUGCGCCCCAUAUCUACGGAGCAUUUUGCAUUUUAAGCUACUCUCCCUUUCUUUGUCAUAUCCACGGGCUGUCAUAGCCACAGGUUGUGUUGAAUUUGCAAUGCCACUCAUCGAUGUAUGCCUAUUGAGGCUGGCACGUGGACAGUUAUCCUUCCCACUGAGAGGCGCAAUUGAAUGCUGGUAACACAAAAGCGUCAGACCCUGUCAGUUCCCCCCUUUUCUCUUUUCACUGGUGCACAGGCCCUAAAAGCAUCAAGGCCUCCGUCUGCCUGGUCCUCUUUUGAUUUAGCCAACACUACACUCAAUAUGGCCACUGAUGGAGUAUUGUCAAUCAGGCCUUUGCAUAAAUUUGUAAACUGAAGUUUGCAUUGUUAGGCUUCAGGCCACUGACUGGCUCAAAGCUGCCUCCUACAAGCCUCAAAUUACACCACACUCUUUUAUUAUCUCGUCGCCCCUUUAACUCCUCUCGCACGCUAUUUUCAACCUAUUCAUUUUUACAAUCUCUUCUUCCCGGGAGAGCAGACACGUCGCAAAUCCUCGAGAUUCCUGCAGCCUGUCUCUCACACUGCGAAGGGGGAGAAAAAAAACGCGAGCUUCUCGACGGGCCGAUGCAGUUUUCUUGUUUUUUUUUCUUUCUUUCUUUCUGAGAGGGGGAUGCCUGCUAUACUACAACAGAUGCUGCAUUGCUUGAAAACAGGUAUCAGUGCCUGCCGCGGCUCGUGGAAGGCAAGUGCCGAGGAAAUGCCGUGUUACAGCACACCAUAUAUUUUACCAGCAGUGAGAGGUUGGGAGAGAGGGAGAGGGAACGAGAGAGAGAGAGAGUGGGGGGAGAGGGACAGAUAGAGGGAGAGAGAGAGAGAGAGACCGAUGGAAGGGGGGAGUUUGGUCUCGGCCAUAUAGGCUACAAUGUAAGAAGUUUGAUUUUCAUAGGCUCUUCAAAGGAAUAUGUGCUAUUGGAUCUGUGGAAACGCCGCGUCCCAUGAGGGUUUCAUAACCUUUCUAACCUUUAAGUCAGGGGCCCCCAGAAAAUAUAAAAUAUAGUCUAUAUAUUUCAUCAGCCACCUUCGCGGCGUCACAUCUUAACGUAUCAGCUGCGCGCAGCCUCGAAAAUAAAAACACAUUUAUCUCUGCGUUUCUAUCCAUCUGGAGAAAUAACGCAUCUCAGGCCGUUUUUAUUAACCCAUAUAUGUUUAUUUUUUUUCUGACGUCGCGCUGCAAUGGCUACUUUGAGAAUGCUUGAAUGCAGAAUUCGAGUGUUGCCAUUUGUCCACCACCUCUGCAUCGGAAUUCGACAUAUGGACGCGUAUCCGUAUUGUUUCAGUCCACACAGCAGGUUGUGUGAUCAGUGAAACCUGCAGCUUGUAUUCAGUGGACCAGGACUCUAUAUGGACCUGUUUGCGCAGAAAGUGUGCAUACUGAGAGUGAGGGAUUGUCCAUUUCCUCCGAGAAUCAACAAUACAAUUAUCAUAACAAAGAGCACUGAGAGACUCAAAGGUUGAUUUUAGCAAUACAGUCCUUUCAUUCGGGGGUAAACGAUGGGACAUCAGUUACAGAGUGCUGUAUGCGGGGGGCUUAUUGAGAAAAACAAACAACAAAUUUACGGUGAUCAUAAAGGGCGCGUAGAAAUGUCUAAUCACGAGACACCUCAAAAUGAAGGCUGACACUGACCAUCUGGGCUUCCUGUCAUAAUAUCAGCAAAAUUAUAGCAUUCAGGCCGGAGCUGACCAAACCUCCUUCUACAUCUGUAUCCCACAUUUAUAGUGGCAUUGUUAUUAUUUAAGAGGACCUAUUGACAACGUCUCCCCAUCAGUUUGGCGAUUCAUGCCACGGUUGCCUUUUCCCCCCCAUCACCCUCCUCUGUCACAGCUACACAUUUUGUGCAGGGUAAGAAUUACACCUAUUCAUAUUUUCUAAAUACCUGUCCACAUUGUACAUGUGGUAAAAAUUUAAAUUAAGUCUCGCAUCCAGAUGUAGCGAGACUUCAACAAGUAUUUAUAAAAAAGGAGCAGAACUUGCUUUGCAUGCUACUGUACUUCACUCAGGAGUUGUCCAAUUUCACUAUGGAAAAAAAUAAUAAUCUGUAUAUAUUUUUAAACCCUUGUGUUAGACGUGUUCCCUCGCGUAGUUAAAACAAUACAUUUCUUUAAAGCCACAUUGCAAUAAAAUAUUAGACAGAAUUUAAGUUACUUUGGAGCUGACAGCUACUAUUAAAAACGACACGCCUUUCAUAUCCUCUCCGCCACCUCCAUAUUUUGUCUAUGCCAUAUUUUGCAAAGCUGGAUUUAAAAUUUCGUUGGGAGCUUUAAUUUUUUGCAGUUUUAUUUUAAAUGAAUGAAUAUGUGCAUGCACGUCAUGUGUGAGUUAAGGAACACAUAUUGCAAGUUGACUUCAAUCGUGUCUGUCGUGUCAGUAAAUUUAUAUAUUAAAUACACAGUGCAGAGAUAUCUUUUUGUGAUCUAAGCACAAUAAAAUAUACGGAGAUUUCUUUAAAUGUCCUGCACAGGUCGAAUUACAUGAAAUUUAUUAAAGUUAAAAAUUUGAAGCUACGCCCGAGGAGUGUUUCAUGUCAACUUCUGACUCUGAGCAAGUGGUAUUUCUCUUAAUGCUUAAAAUACAUAUUUACCGGCGCAAAUAGAUUGUUGGCUCUGAUAAUAUCCAUGUGUCAACUGUACUUACGAUAAGCUCUGUUCUUUGCAGAUUACAAUAGUGCACGGUGGCAGCAUAUAUGUUGCUGCUACAGUACAGCUUUGCAUAGAUGCACAAUUCGCUUUAAACGUGCUUUAAUUAUUUGACAAGUGCUUGUUUCACUUGCUUACAAACUGUUUUCCUGCGUGCGUGCGAGCGGGACGCUCUCCGAUUCAGUCACACAUUUCCAUUUUGGACAUUUCUGCCGCCGGAACUCAGUUAUGUUUUUCAAUAAGUUGUUCAAACGUGUAAAACUCACGAGAAACAGCUUUGAGUGAACAGCCUGGACACGACUAAAAUGAAAGUCGGAGUCUGAAAGAAGCGGAGGAAAAUAAAGCACGAUCGCUUGUGUACUUUUAGUGGCCGCGGUAUGUGCAUAUCUUUUAUUUUUAAAAAGAAAAAAAAAACGUUUUUAAAAGUGGAGAAAAGAGCGGAGGGAAAAAAGCUGCGCCCGUAGUCGGGCUUUGCCUGCUGCGGCUGCCUGCUCCAGUAUUAACUUUCACUGUCUUCCGUCUAAUCAAACUCUUACUUUCCGCUGUUCUUAAUUCCAUAUUUUCAAUUCCUGAUCAUUACUUUCCUCCUUUUUCUAUUUGUAUCUAUCCAUCCAUCCCUCCCUCCCUCCUCUUUCUCCCUCCCUCCCUCCCUCUCUCUCCCGAGCUCUCUCCUUUGCUGAAUCUUAUUGAUCCAGAAGGCGGCUAAUUAGCCCUUCCCUUCGUGCCUGUGUAAUGAAGCACAUGCGCACUGAAUUAAUCACAGCCAUUUUUUGCAGGAAACUAAUUAGCAGGAAUAAAGAUCCAAAGAGUUUUUUCUUUUCAAUCAUCAGAUCUCACUUUCACCUCUUCCUCGCUCCCUCUAACACAAGACUCAUCGCCUGCUUUGCAUCCAAAUUAUUUUUAUAUUGCCUUUAACAACUAAUAGUACCUACUUCGUUUUUUACACUCCGCAACAACAAUGAUCUUUCUUUUGCCACCCUAAGCGCAAACUGACCAAAAGGGGACUGCCUUGAUGGGAUCUUUAGCUAAAUCAUCUCAAUACUGGAUUAAAAAGCGAGGAUCACAAAGCGGCAGCGAGAAAUUGCCUGGAUGCGAUGAACGCCUCAUGUAGGCAUCAGCAUGGACAGCUGUGAGUCUCCCGUGGUUUCUGGGACAGACGAUGGGCUCGGCUCCUCCCAGCAGCAGCAACCACCACAGCCCUGGAACGAUCACUCUAGCUCACAGGUCUCUUGCACCAACCAGGCCCCUUCCCUGGACCCCCUAUCUCUCACAGCUCCCUACCCUUCACAACCCCAAAACUCCAUUGCACCUCAUGACGGGGUGAGAGAACUACAGUCCCAGCAGCAGCAGCCAAAACAGACAUCACCCCAGGCCCAACGUGACAGCUCUGCCACAAGUCAGCUGCAUCCUAGAGGAGAGGGUCUUGAGGAAGAAGAGCAAGAAGGAGUGAGCUGUGGAGAAGAGGAAGAAUCUGAGGACUUGGAUGAAAUGGAGAUAGACAGCUGUUUUCAGAGUCUUCAACACUUUCCUGGGGUGCCAUUAGCUUCAGGCGGAGGGGGCAUGCCCACUCUUCUGCGACAUCAGCCCACACAACAGCAGGGACCACCAGAGAGCGGGAGUGAGGAAGGAGAUGAGGAAGAGGAAGAGGAGAGCAGUGAUGUGGAGAAUCUGGCUGGAGAGAUAGUCUACCAGCCGGAUGGCUCAGCCUACAUCGUGGAGAGCCUCAGUCAGUUGAUCCAAAGUAGUGGAGGCAUGGUACCCGGCCUGCUUCCCACAAACUCUCUCACGAGUGGGGGAAAACCUGGGGAACCUGCUGGGACUUCCUCUUCGGUGUACCCACAGAUCAUCAACACGUUCCACAUAGCCUCGUCCUUUGGGAAGUGGUUUGGCAAUUCAGACCAAGGUUUUCCCAAUACCUCAACAAUGGCAGGUCUCAGCCCUGUCCUGCACAGUUUCCGUGUCUUCGAUGUGCGGCACAAAAGCAACAAGGAUUACCUGAACAGCGAUGGGUCUGCCAAGAAGUCCUGUGUAUCCAAAGAUGUUCCUAACAACGUGGAUUUCUCCAAAUUCGAUGGGCUAGCCCUGUAUGGCAAGGGUAAGCCCAUUCUCAUGUGUUUUCUCUGCAAGCUAUCCUUUGGCUAUGCCCGUUCCUUUGCCACUCACGCUGUCCAUGAUCACCGCAUGACACUGAGUGAGGACGAGCGACGGCUACUAGGGGACAAGCAUGCAUCUGCCAUCAUCCAGGGCAUUGGGAAGGACAAAGAGCCCCUCAUUAGUUUCCUGGAACCAAAAAAUAAGAGCACCCCUCUGCCUCCUACCCUGCUCCCCAUUAACUCUGGACAGAGCUUCUAUGGCACAUUUAGUGGUGUCCAUCUGGAGCCUGGAAAUAGCAGCGGGGGCAAUGAGACCCUCUUAAAUAAAGACUCCGACUCUGGCCCCCAGCAACAGCAGCAGCAACAAAGCCCACUAGGCUCUGUCCUCUCUCUUGGAGGGUUGAGCAUUCCCAAAGCAUCCACUCUUACCUCAUCCCCAGGCUCUGCCAAAGACUCCAGUGCCCUGCCCAAACAGGGAGGGAGAACAGAGGAGCCUUCUGGGAAAGAGUUGGCAUGUAAGAGUGAGGAUGGGAGCGAUGAAAGACAUGAAAGCAAGGCACAUCUAUCUAGUCAGAUGGGGGGCUCUGAAGAAGAGGAGGAAUUGUUAUUAGGGGAGGAUGAAGAUGAGGUGGAGGCAGAAAGAACUGCAGUGGCCUGUGGUGGUACCAGUAGCAGCGGCGGGGGUGAUGCGGGGGAACCAGCUGUCUCAAACCAAAGCAUUUCCAAAUCUCCUUUAUUAAUGCCUAGUAGCACUCUCCAGCCUUCUGCCUGCACCUCUGCAGUCAGUUCCACACUCAACAGCAAAGCCCUUGCUUCCAUUUCCUCCUCUGUCAAGGAAGAGGGUUCAGCUGCAGACGGUGGGGGGAGGACCUCAGAGCUCCCUCUGAGCUUUAACUGCCAGGGACCCACUGUUCCCAUGGCAAUGGCGGCAUCCGCCGUCAGAAGGAGCGAGGAUGACACUGCUGGCACUUCCUCCUCGCCUCUGUCCUCCAAUGCUGCUGCUGAUGAAAGUGCCAAUCGAGAUAGUGCCACAGCUCCAGAACCAAAUGAUUGCCAGGCAGAGGGAGAGGAGGAAAAUGGAGCCCUUCUGCACCAUCACCACAUGCACCACCAUCAUCAUCACCUCCACCCUUCAUCUCAUGGCCACUCCCACCCCCUCCCAGGGGCUUCCUGUGACAUAACAGGAAUGGGUGAGUGUUCGCAAAACCAUGGGCAUGGUGGCGGUGGAGGAAGUGGAGUAGAAUGCCCUAAAUGUGACACCAUUCUAGGUUCCUCGCGCUCCUUGGGUGGUCAUAUGACCAUGAUGCAUUCACGCAACUCAUGCAAGACACUUAAGUGUCCCAAAUGCAACUGGCAUUAUAAGUACCAGCAGACGUUGGAGGCCCACAUGAAAGAGAAGCACCCAGACUCUGGAGGUUCCUGUGUGUAUUGCAGCAGUGGUCAGAGUCACCCUCGUCUAGCUCGUGGAGAAAGCUAUACUUGUGGAUAUAAGCCCUUCCGGUGUGAGGUAUGUAACUACUCCACCACCACAAAGGGCAAUCUAAGCAUCCACAUGCAGUCGGAUAAGCACCUGAACAACAUGCAGACACUGCAGAAUGGAGGCUCAAUUGGCUCUGCGCAGGAGCAGGUGUUUGGACAUAACCCAGGAGGUGUGGUGGCCGUCCCGUCAGUGACACAGGCCAGUAGCCAUCACCCUCCCCACCACCAUCCUACACAGUCCUCUGCCCAUAUGUCUGGACCAUGUGGGGCGCCCUCCCCCACCAAGCCGAAGAGCAAACCGACUUGGCGGUGUGAGGUGUGUGACUACGAGACCAAUGUGGCAAGGAACCUGCGUAUCCACAUGACCAGUGAGAAGCACAUGCACAACAUGAUGCUACUCCAACAGAAUGUGACACAAAUGCAGCAUGGACGACUUGGCUUGGGAGCCAUGCCUUCGCCCUCUGAGGCUGAACUCUACCAAUAUUACCUGACCCAGAACAUGAGCCUUCCACCAGGCCUCAAGAUAGACCCAGCUGGAGCCGAGGCCCAGUUCUUGAUGGGGAGCUUUCAUCUGGAUCCCAACAUGGCUGCUCUGGCCCCUGCACUUGUAGGUGGGGAAAUCCCUAUGGAUGUGCGGCUGGGCGGUGGGCAGUUGGUGUCUGAAGAACUGAUGACCCUUGGAGAAAGUCUAUCUCAAACUACAGAUCCCUCCCUCAAGCUCUUCCAGUGCGCUGUGUGCAACCGCUUCACCACUGACAACCUGGAUGUGCUUGGCAUGCAUAUGGGAGCUGAACGCAGCCUGCCAGAGGAGGAGUGGCGUGCUGUGGUGGGAGAUUCUCACCAGUGCAAGUUGUGCCACUACACCACUCAGCUCAAGGCCAACUUCCAGCUGCACUGUAAAACAGACAAGCAUGUGCAAAAGUACCAGCUUGUGGCCCACAUCAAAGAAGGGGGCAAAGGCAAUGAAUGGCGCCUGAAAUGUGUGGCCAUAGGUAAUCCAGUGCACCUGAAGUGCAACGCCUGCGACUACUACACUAACAGCCUGGAGAAGCUGAGGAUGCACACUGUCAAUUCCCGCCACGAGGCUAGCCUCAAACUAUACAAGCACCUGCAGCAGCACGAAAACGCGGUGGAGGGUGAUGCCUGCUACUACCAUUGUGUGCUUUGCAACUACUCGACCAAGGCCAAGCUCAACCUGAUCCAGCAUGUGCGCUCCAUGAAGCACCAACGCAGCGAGAGCCUCAGGAAGCUUCAGCGCUUGCAGAAGGGCCUGCCGGAGGACGACGACGACCUCAGCUCCAUCUUCACCAUUCGCAAAUGCCCUUCUUCAGAUACAGGAGAGCUGAGCGAGGAUGUGGAGGCUGCUAGUGAGACCACCACAGACCAGGAGGACCAAACCAAAGACAGAGAAAGUGGGGGGGAGAAGGAGCUCACCAAAGGGACAGCUUUGUCCGGCCACUUGGAACGGCACCAGUCAGAUUCCCCGAUUCCUUCUAAAAGGCCCUCUUCACGGUCAGAGACCUCCGAGAGCCCACUCUCCUCGAAACGUCCCAGGACAGCGGAGAAGGGUGCUGCGGAGCAGAUGUACCAGUGCCCCUACUGCAAGUUCACCAACACGGACCUGAAUCGCCUCAGAAUGCACGUGAUGACGCAGCACUCUGUCCAGCCCAUGUUACGCUGCCCUUUAUGCCAGGACAUGCUCAACAACAAGAUCCACCUGCAGUUCCACCUCACACACCUCCACAGUGUGGCGCCUGACUGUGUUGAUAAGCUUAUUGCCACAGUGACAGCAUCUGAAGUGUUACCAGCCAGCAUGUUCAUACCUGUACCUAGUUCGGAUAGAGAGUCCCAGAGCACCCCACAUGCGCCAGCCAACUCUAACUCUGAAGAAACAAAAAAGCAAGCUGAUGCAUCCGAAGCUGAUCCAGAAAAGGGUGUAUCACUCCCAACAGAAACGGCUGAAGCCCGCAAGUCACCCCUGGAAGAUCAGCAGUCUGAAAGGGAUGAUGCCACAGGAUUCCUGUGCUGGAAGAAAGGCUGUAAUCAAGUGUUCAAGUCCUCCAACUCCCUCCAAAUGCACUUCAAUGAAGUUCACAACAAAAGGCCCCAGUUGCCUGUUUCAGAUCGUCAUGUCUACAAGUACCGCUGUAACCAGUGCAGCCUGGCCUUCAAGACUGUGGAGAAAUUACAACUCCAUUCACAGUACCAUGUGAUCAGGGCAGCCACCAUGUGCUGCCUUUGCCAGAGAAGUUUCAGAACACUGCAGGCCUUGAAGAAGCAUUUAGAAACCAGUCACCUGGAGUUGAGUGAAGCUGAUAUCCAGCAACUAUAUGGGGGAUUAUUGAUGAAUGGCGACAUUAUGGUAAUGGGUGAUCCAUCCCUUGGAGAGGAGCAGGGGAGUCUGGGAGAAGAUGACAAGGAGGGAGAUGAAAGUGAUCCAGAGGAAAAACAAAGCCCAACUGGCAGUGACUCAGGCUCACUACAGGAAGAUUCUGGAUCUGAACCUAAGCGUGCUUUGCCAUUCAGAAAGGGACCCAACUUUACAAUGGAGAAGUUCUUGGAUCCGUCUCGUCCUUUCAAGUGCACUGUAUGCAAAGAGUCUUUUACACAGAAGAACAUUCUUCUGGUUCACUAUAAUUCUGUCUCCCACCUGCACAAGGUGAAGAGGGCUCUUCAGGAAUCCACUACUGGUCAGCCUGAGCCUACCAGCAGCCCUGACAAUAAGCCAUUCAAGUGCAGCACUUGUAAUGUGGCUUAUAGCCAGAGUUCUACUUUGGAAAUUCACAUGCGCUCUGUUCUACACCAGACCAAAGCUAGGGCAGCCAAACUUGAAGCAGCAGGAGGAAUCACUAGCUCUGCAAGCACUACUGGUUUAAGCGGUGGAGGUUCCAGCAUGAGUACUUCAACAUCUAGUCCAAGCCCAGCCAGCAACUCAACUACAAGCUCUAAUAACCACAGUUCUUCUGGGUCUCAAGCAACUCAGAAUAUUCUUGGGGGUAACCACAUGAACCAGACUCAUAACAUUGAAAGCCUGGGUAAUUCUACAGUGAGCUGCCAUUCCUCACCAUCUGAGAAUCAUGAAGUAAAAAAGUCCAAAUUCUCAGAUAUUCUCUCUGCUAGGGGGCAGCAACAACAACAACAACAACAACAACAACAACAACAACAACAGCAACAGCAGCAGCUUCAGCAACAACAGCAACUGGCUCAGGCGCAAGCCCAAGCUCAAGCCCAGCUUCAGCAAGAGCUCCAGCAGCAGGCUGCUCUUUUGCAAUCGCAGCUAUUCAACCCAGCACUUCUGCAGCACUUCCCAAUGACAACCGAUGCACUUCUCCCCCUGCAACAGCAGCAGUUGCUGUUUCCUUUCUAUAUCCCUGGAGCAGAGUUUCAGCUAAACCCAGAGAUCAGCAACUCAGCACUAGGCCUAGCAGGAUCCUCCACAUCCUCACUGCUGGAAGAUCUGAAGAACUCAGCCCAGCAGGCCCAGCAAAGUUGCUUGCAGCAGCAACUGAUGCACCACCACCUUCAGCAGCAGCAGCAGCAGCAGCAACAGCAGCAGCAGCAACAGCAACAACAGCAGCAGCAGUCACACUCGCAACUCCAGAGUCAGAUGGCAUUACUGCAACAGAGUGCAUCUCUCCUCCAGCAGGCUGAGAAGAAGCAGAAACAUUCCUCCUCUCAGAAUGAGAAGGACAGAGAAAUGCAACGAGAGAAGGAUACCACUGAAAAAAUUGAAGAACAUAUAAACAAAGAUUCUACAGACGGCAAGCCAAAAGAAAAGAAGGACAUUCAGCAUAUUUCAAUAAACCUAAAUCAUGAUACCGGCUUGCCUCCACCAAGGAUUGCCUCCGAUGCUCGAGGAAAUGCAACUAAAGCCCUGCUGGAAAAUUUUGGGUUUGAGUUAGUAAUUCAGUACAAUGAAAAUAAGCAGAAAGCACAGAAAAAGACAGCUGGACCUACUGGAUCAAGCGGUCCAGGUGGAAUAACAAGAGUGGUGGACCCCAUUGAAGGAUUAGAGAAACUGGAAUGUGAAGCCUGUGGCAAGCUGUUUUCAAACAUACUGAUUCUAAAGAGUCACCAGGAGCAUAUCCACCAGGCCUUCUUUCCAUUUCGGUCCCUUGAGAGAUUUGCCAAGGAAUACAGAGAGCAUUAUGAUAAACUCUAUCCACUGAGACCUCCUACACCAGAGGCUGCUCAGGCUCCUCCACCACCACCACCUCCACCACCUCCUCCUCCUCCACCCCAAAGAGCUCCCACACCAAAUAUUCCCGUUUCUUCUGCCUCGCUCACACCUCCAACUGUAGCUACCCAACAGCCAUCAGUUCAAAUGACACAAAUACCCAUGCCAAUGGAUUUGCCACUCUUCUCGCCACUUAUGAUGCAGCCCAUGUCUCUCCAGUCUUUACAGACUCAGUUGCCUCCCCAGUUACCCUCUGUGGAGCCGAACUUGGCAUCAGACUUGGCCCAGCUAUAUCAGCAACAACUUACCCCUGCCAUGCUACAGCAGCAGCAGCAGAACAAGAGGCCACGGACCCGCAUCACUGAUGACCAGCUUAGGGUCCUGCGACAGUACUUUGACAUCAACAAUUCACCAAAUGAAGAACAGAUUAAAGAGAUGGCGGACAAGUCAGGGCUGCCACAAAAAGUCAUAAAGCACUGGUUCAGAAACACUCUAUUUAAAGAACGUCAACGCAAUAAAGACUCACCUUACAAUUUCAAUAAUCCCCCAACAACAACUCUUGAAGACACAAAAAUUGAUUCCAAACCUCCUUCUCCUGAACCUCAGAAACAUGAAUUGUAUGGAAGUAAGAGAUCAUCCAGGACAAGGUUUACUGACUACCAGCUAAGAGUUCUGCAGGACUUCUUCGAUGCCAAUGCUUAUCCUAAAGAUGAUGAAUUUGAACAGCUUUCCAACCUCUUGAGCCUCCCUACACGUGUUAUUGUUGUGUGGUUCCAAAAUGCUCGCCAGAAGGCAAGGAAGAAUUAUGAAAACCAGGGUGAUGGGGUAAAAGAGGGUGAAAGACGAGAGCUGUCAAAUGACCGAUAUAUUCGCACAUCAAAUCUGAACUACCAGUGCAAGAAAUGUAGUCUGGUUUUCCAGCGUAUAUUUGAUUUAAUAAAACACCAAAAGAAGCUGUGCUACAAAGAUGAAGAUGAGGAUGGACAGUAUGACAGCCAAAAUGAGGAUUCACUGGAUUUCUCCAAUGAAUGUUAUACUCCCUCUGGGUCUUCCUGUCACACCCCAAUGCCCUCUUCUUCAAGUCUCUGCCCACUUCCUCCCUCGACUUCAGCAUUCUCACACCUCCCCUCCACUGAGAGAGAGGAGGCAUCACCAGCAAGCACCUCAAACGUCUAUGACGAGAAACCCAAGCAGUUACCAGAAAUUUCUGCUGAUCCACGAGAAAACCAAACCACUAUCAAGCAGGAAAUUGUGCACCAAACCCAGUCUGAGGCACAACACCAUAGGUCCCAAAGAGAGGAUAAAGCCCAAAAUGUUUCCAAGUCCAUCAAGCAUUCAUCUCCUUCCUUCUCUCAGCAGCAACAGCAGUGUGGUCCCUCAGCCUCUCAGACAAGCCAGGCCUCUUCUCAAAGCUCUCACAUGAGCCUCAAUUCACACCUGGCAUCUGCCACACAACAACUGGCACAACAGAUGAUCCCGUACCAGUGUGAGCAGUGCAAGAUUGGCUUUCCCUCUUUUGAGCACUGGCAGGAACACCAGCAAUUACACUUCCUUUCUGUUCAGAAUCAAUUCAUCCACCCUCAAUUCCUGGACCGUCCAAUCGACAUGUCUUUCAUGCUAUUUGAUCCAAGCAAUCCUCUCCUGGCAAGUCAGCUACUCUCUGGGGCAAUGCCACAGAUUCCCAGCAGCUCUGCCACCUCUCCGUCCACCCCGACCUCCACCAUGAACUCGUUAAAGAGGAAGUUAGAAGAGAAAGCUAGCACUAGCCCAGGAGAGAACGACAGCACAAACAGCGGAGAAGAGCCACAGAGAGACAAGCGGCUCAGAACCACCAUCACUCCUGAGCAGCUUGAGAUACUUUACCAGAAGUAUUUGCUAGAUUCAAAUCCUACUCGUAAGAUGCUUGACCACAUUGCUCAUGAGGUAGGGUUGAAAAAGAGAGUAGUGCAAGUCUGGUUCCAGAACACCAGAGCCAGAGAGAGGAAAGGCCAAUUUAGAGCAGUGGGUCCGGCGCAAGCUCAUCGUAGGUGCCCUUUUUGUCGAGCUCUUUUUAAAGCAAAAACUGCUCUUGAGGCACACAUUCGCUCUCGUCACUGGCAUGAAGCCAAACGUGCUGGAUAUAAUUUAGCACUUACUGGUAUGUUACCCGAUCAGGAGAGCAUGCAAAUAAAAAUGGAUGCUCUGGAUGCAUCAGGUUACUCCCAACUAGCCCCCACUACAAAUAGUGAUGGACAAAGCUCCUCCAUGUCACCAGUGAACAAAGGCAUGGAUCUGUCUCCAAGGGGUCUACUGAGCCCUUCAUCCAUCAAAGUUGAAGGAAUGGAAGAUUUUGAGAGCGCAACCAUGUCCUCUGUGAACCUCAGCUUUGAUCAGAACAAACUUGAUAAUGACGACUGCUCCUCUGUAAAUACAGCCAUCACAGACACAACCACAGGUGAUGAGGCCAAUGCUGAUAAUGACAGUGCUGAUGUAAAGCACAACCAGAACAGUGGUGAUUACCUGUCUAAGUCUGGAGGCACAAGCUCCAUCCUUGAAAAUGAUGACCAGAUGUCCUCAGGGCUGGUAAGCCCUGCAACAAGCUAUUAUGCUAAGGACUAUGAGAAUGAAAAUAUUAUUGACCACAGUGAGACGUCCAGCCUGGCUGACCCUUGCUCACCAAGUCCUGGAGCCUCAGGUACCAGGAGCAUUGAUAGUGGAGAUCGGCCAGGUCAAAAGCGCUUCCGAACCCAGAUGACGAACCUCCAGCUGAAAGUGUUGAAAUCUUGCUUUAAUGACUACAGGACUCCCACGAUGCUGGAAUGCGAGGUACUUGGCAACGACAUUGGACUUCCAAAGAGAGUGGUUCAGGUGUGGUUUCAAAAUGCCCGUGCCAAGGAGAAGAAGGCAAAGCUCAACAUGGCUAAGCACUUCGGAAUAAAUCAGACGUCUUACGAGGGGCCGAAGACCGAAUGCACUUUGUGUGGUGUCAAGUACAGUGCUCGCCUCUCUGUUCGUGAUCACAUCUUCUCCCAGCAACACAUCUCUAAGGUAAAGGAUACAAUUGGCAGCCAGAUCGAUAAGGAGAAAGAAUACUUUGACCCAGCCACUGUCCGCCAACUUAUGGCCCAGCAAGAGAUGGACCGCAUUAAAAAGGCCAAUGAAGUUUUAGGACUGGCACAGCAGCAGGCCAUGCAGCAGCAGGGAAUGUUUGAUAAUCCUGCAAUGCAGGCUCUGAAUCUCCAGUCAGCCUAUCCAAAUCUGCAAGGCAUCCCACCUGUCCUUUUGCCAGGGGUUGGCAGCCCCUCUCUUUCCAGCUUUAACUCAUCUAAUUCAGCUUUAACUCCUCCGAAACCUUCAAACCUCCUGAACAUGCCUGGUGCCAGUGUUCCCUCACCUAGCCUCCCCACGUCUGGAUUACCCAACAAGCCUCCUUCCUCAUCAUCUCUUGCUGCAUCCAGCCCAGCCCAGACCAACACGUCUGCUUCUCACUCAAGCCCCACCUCAACAUCCAACUCCACUUCCACAACGACCCAGUCGAGUUUGCGAUCUGAACCACCCAAAGAACGUGAUGCUGAGAGGGUAAGAGAGAAGGAGAAGGUCAAGGAAAAGACAGAGAAGCCUUCAACCCCAUCAUCAACUGGAAGCACCCCUGCCCCUUCCACUUCUGCUGCCAGCGCCAAGAAAGAGAAACCAGACACAGCUGUUCCUGCCACGUCUAUGCCCACACCUGGCAUGGAAUAUAUAGUUGAUCCUGCCCAGCUCCAGGCCCUGCAGGCUGCUUUGGCAUCAGAUCCCACUGCUCUUCUCACAAACCAGUUUUUGCCCUACUUCAUGCCUGGCUUCUCCCCAUAUUACACCCCGCAGAUCCCAGGGGCUCUUCAAGGGGGCUAUCUGCAACCAAUGUAUGGUAUGGAAAGUCUCUUCCCUUACAAUCCAGCAUUGUCACAAGCACUGAUGGGCCUGUCUCCAGGGUCCCUACUGCAGCAUUACCAGCAAUAUCAGCAGAGCUUGCAGGAGGCACUACAGCAGCAGCAGAGGCAGCUUCAGCAGAUCCAGCAACCCAAGGCGAGCCAAACUCCAGUUCCCCCUCAAACCUUGGGGGAUCGCAAAGAUUCUGCCAAAGAUCCAGUGAAAGCAGGAGAGCAAAAGGGCAACCAUCAUAGUCAACCCCCCACUUCGUCCUCCUCUUCUUCCUCCUCCUCUCAUAAUAAAGUACCCUCUGAGCAGAACGAGAUGGAUGGCAAAGCUGUGGACCCCCUUCUAGACCAGUACAUCGUCCCCAAGGUGCAGUAUAAACUGGCAUGCCGCAAGUGUCAAGCUGUUUUCACCAAGGAAGAAGCGGCUGUUACCCAUCUUAAAUCUAACUGUUUUUUCGGUCAGUCUGUGGCAAACCUGCAAGAGAUGUUGCUGCGUGUCCCCAGCGGCGUAGGUGUAGGGGCUGGAAGUCUCUAUGACUGCCUGGCUUGUGACACUACGUUGGACGGGGAAAAAGCACUCAGUCAACACCUGGAAUCGGCAUUGCACAAACACAGAACAAUCAAGCGAUCAGUCAGAAAUGCCAAAGAGCACGCUACUAGUUUAUUACCUCACUCUUCAGCCUGCUUCCCCAGUCCUAACACCGCAUCUACCUCGCAGUCUGCCACUCAUCCCAUCAGCAGCCCCCCACCCCCGCCAACAACAUCAGCCACCAUGCCAUCCUCUGCUGUCUCCUCCUCUCUGUGCUCCUCCUCUACUACCCCACUCAACACCACAGCUGCCGGCAAAUCCUGGCCCCAGGCCCCUUUCUCCAGAGCUUUAGCUGGGAAGCCCAAUGCUAGUCCCUCCUCUUCUUCCUCCUCGUUUCCUCCAGUGUCCUCACCUUCAACGGUUACCUCAAGUUCAUUGAGCACCUCAGGAGUUCAGACCUCGAUACCAACAGACGUCUUUACCGACGAGUCUGACUCUGACAACAGUCAGAAGUCAGCAGACAGGCUGGGAAGGACGGCAGAGGAGCCGCAGCAGCCUGGCUUUGUCAAAGACAGUAAUAGUUGUAGUAGUAAUCUUGCUAGUGUAGGAACAGACUCCAUCAGAUUGUAAAAGAGCUUUCAGUGAUGGACAAUAUUUAAAAAAAAAAACACACAAAAAAAGACAAAAAAAAUCACAAAUGGAAAAAAACAUAAAAAGCAGCAAUGUUAAAAAUACAUUAAAAGUAUACAAACCAAUUUCAGAAAAAGAUGUGUAAAGACUAACUGCAAUUCCAAAGCUUGUAACCAAAAAUUUAAAUGUUAGUGGAUUGUUUUCCCAUAUCAACAUGCUGGUUUUCAUUUUGUAUUUUCUUGUUUUGUUUUGUUUUUGUUUCACUCAACUGAAAUACAUGCAUACUAACGUGUGAGAACAGAAAAGGUCGCUGCAGUUAUGUUUUGGGUAAUGGUAGAGGAAUGCUGUACUGUAAGGCAAUGGACUGCCUCAAAGUUGACAAAUGGCCCAAGAACCCUUUUGAAGAAAUGCGAGUCAACAAGCUGUCCCUUUGUUUUGUAAUAAUUUCUACUUAAUAGCACAGUCACAAAAAGCCAGUAUGUACUGUAUGGGAGAAUAGUCUAUCAGUUUUCUUGCUAUUUAAGCAUUCAGAUACCAAUGGCUUGCAAAAGUAAAAGAAUAAUGUAAUGUCUAUUUUAUUCUCAGGUCAAUAGUUCACAGACGUUUUUUUCUGUUACAGAAAUCCAUGUUUUACACCAUGUAGUUUCCAACAGGAGAUGAGCAUUUCCUUUUCCUUCUGAACUUGAUUUAAUAAUAGAAAGUUUUACGUUGAACUCAAUUUUAAUAAGGCAUUGUUUCUGGGCAUUCAAAAGGGGGUAAAUGAUUUGCUGAUUUUAAUAUUAGAAAUUCUUUUAAAGUGGGACAUUCACAGUCCCAUUGUACCCAGACAAGGAGAGCAUUGCAGACAUAAUAAUGGACGAUAAAAAGAGUUUUGAUUGAAAAAAAAAAAAAAAAUCAACCUUCUGUAUUUAUGAUAGAUAUGAGCAUUUUUGGUGUUAAGUAGAUUGUUGCAUUGGAAAUGAAUUUUAAACAGUAUGGUAGGUUGAAAAAAAAAACUUUGUGUACAUUUAGCUUUUGUAUUGUCCAAUUUUAAUGACACUUCAUUUGAUGUUGUCUUGGUCAUUCCAAUAGUCUAGAUUAUGGACAGGUAAUUUAUCUAAACUUUAUUUCUGUCUUAUUCUCAACUUCUUGGGAAACAUUCACCCAAAUGCCCCUCCUGACAAGGCAGGAUCCUCUUUUAGAAUUAUUUAAAUUUUAGUGUUUGGUUGGUAUUGCGCUAACCAAAAUGAAAAAGAUCCUGGGUGAAAUAUUGAAAGUUUUAUUUUAUUUAAUUUUUGUGUUACCUUUGUGCACUUAUCACUGUCUGACUCCUAUUUCUCACUCUUCUUGUUCCUCUCUUCGCACUUAUUUUUCCUCAGCUCUCCUGUAUUUGUAGAUAUGUAUACUACAAGGCAGGUCUUUUGUUCUUCAUGUAGUGUGGCUACAGUCUUUAUUUUCAUUUUGACAUUUAUGUUGUCAUAAAUGAAAAUGAAAAAAGAAUACUAAUAAUAAUUCUCACGCUUUAAGACAAAAAGAAAAUCCAAAGACUAAACACUUUCACCAUUGGUGCAUAAAGAUGAGAAAAGAGGCUUCUUUAUACUUGAGAAUUUGUUGCUGUUUUUAGAGGAAAGAAAACAAAGUUUUAAAAGAUAAAGGAGUACGCAUCAGAGUUGCCGUUCCUGCUUCUUUGCAAGCAAACAGGUGGCUUUUUUACGUAAAUACCAAAAACCAAAAAGGGCCCUUGUCCUUGCAUUGUGGAGUAGCACCGUUACAGAGCCAUUGCAGUUUGUAAGAUAGAGGUUAUUAAUCUUUGUUUGACUUUUGUCACAUUCAAAUGUCCAUUUUUUUAAGAAAAUGUAUAAGGUCUGGUCUUCAAGGACAUACGUUUUGCUGCUAAUGUAGAAUUUUGAAGAAAAAAAAGAGUACCUAGAUGCAUGCUCAUUUUGCUUUUGGCUAAGCUUUAACUAAAACAAACAAUAAACCAAUUUCUUGCCUCUGCAACACCUUUUUUUUUUUUUUUUUUCUUGUUGCAAAAACGGAACUUUGAAGACUGUGAAUAUAUGUUCCAAAGGACAUUUUGCCGAUUUUCUUUUUGAACAGACCAAUGUUUAAAGCCAAUGAUCUAUAACGUUUGUAAAAAAAAAAACAAAAAAAAAACAGUGCAUUCCAAAUAUCACAAUGGAUUUUUCUUAAGCAAGGACUGAUCCUGUUUCAUUUGAUUGCUUUUAAUUGUCACAAUCUAUAUUAUUAUUUUUUUUCUCUCAUUUUUAAAGUGACUGUAAACUGUUGUGUAAAUUCUUUUGCAUCAUUGGUUGCUGAACAAAGUGACCUCCGUAUGUCAUUUUGUGCUGGCAUGGAACAUUGCUGAAAAUCCCUCCAUCCAGUCAAGGUUGUUGCUCACUUGUUAAGCAAGUAAUAGUGGUUACCAAAAAAUGUAUAUAAUACAUCUGGUACUGACGCGUCUCAUAGGUUUAGUAACGUUUAUGCCAGUCAAUCUACACUAGUCUCAGAGGGAAAUAAUGGCUGUUUUGCUGAGGUGUCGUUGCCCCCUUUAUUGGGAGGUCCACCAGUGACUUGUCGCAUGUGUCUGCAGGGUGCCACUUCCACACUUAGAUUACAGGUUUUUAAGGGGCAUCUUCAUUCCAAAGCAUUAUUUAUGGAAAAAGGAGGAGUUUUUUUGAAGAUGUCCCUUGUUUUCCGAUAGGAUGCUUUCAUGUCCAAAGAAGUCACCUACUUCAUUUUGUCGCAAUGGAAAUGGAUGUGCAUAGGUAUACCCCUUUCUCUCACCGAAGAUUUGAUGAACCUAAAAUUUUUAUUUUUUGAAACCAAAACCGAGACAUAUUUAAAUUCGCGAAGAGCUACUUUCCAGCCCCCAUGGUAUAGCCAAUAUAUUCGCCCUAAUGAUUGAAUACAAGGCACAAAGUGUUUCCAAGUCUAGCAGAGAAAUGUGAUUCGAUGUUAAUACCACAGCAUGCUGUUGAAAGACAGGAGGUCUGGUCUGCAAGCUUGUUACUUCUCAAAGUCCAGUUCCCUGAAAUACUGUUCAUAUGUACCUUCCUACCUAAAAAUUCUUAAGUUGUACAGUUUUCUCAAAUGUGUUUGCUUUAUUUUAAUUUCCAGACAAUGUCGGACAUGUAUUUGUAUUUUAUUUCAGUUUCUGUAUAUUUACUUUUUAUCAUAAAUUAACACUAGCUUUAAUUUGAGUUGCUGAAAGAAAACAACAAAUAUGACCUGGCCACUUUACGGUGUGAUAAUGUUCUUUAUAUUCAUUGUCUCAAUGAUACUGUUUGCUUUCUUAUUUCCAAAGUGUAACAUUUUGGGCUCUUUCGUGGAAGACGGAGUUGAGGUCUCCACAUUAGAUUCAGCCAGGAUGGAUUGUGUGUCUGAGUUUGUACGUCCGUGAGCGUGUGUGUGUGUCUCAUAAGAGCCAGCAUCAGUUUUUUUUUUUGUUUUGUUAGUUUUUUUUCCUCGUUUGCCUUUUAUUUUUGUUACGUGUUACACACCAAAACAACCUGAACCACAAAGCUGGAUUAUGGAUAAACUGAAAUUUAGAAAUUUAAAUUUACGAUCAGAAAUGAGGACGGUGAUACCGAAGCACUGAGCAGUUUUUACUUUGAUUGAAUAUAUGAAUGUGGCCAAAGCUUUAUGCAGUCGAAACAAAAGGAGAAAAAAAGAAUUGUGCCCCACAUAAGUGUAUAUUUUAUUGUGGCACAAAAUGCUAUUGUGGACACACGGAUCCACUGACUUACAUUGGGAUACUUGAUUUUAAUGGACAAUUACAAGAGAGAGAGAUAAAGACAAGGUUUUGCUGUAGAGGUCAUCUUUUGCCCACUGUGAAAACAAACAUGUACCUGUAUACAGAUAUAGAUAUAUUUAAAAUAAGACAUCAGCUUUUUCUGUUUUUUGUUUUUGAGAUGAAGAAGGAAUGAAAAGAACUAAAAAAAAAAAAAAAGACUCUGGGAAUCUUUGGAGAUCUUGUUAGGAGGACACGAGAGGCUGUGGGCACACCAAAACUGGGCAUGGGAGCCGAAGUCAGGCUCGAAACAGCUUUAAAACCACCUCCUUAUUUGAUUACUGACAACUCUGUAAUGGGAAUGGACUCUGGAACCAAUGGACACGUGUGACACACAGAGGAAAGUCCUUAGAUGAAACUGAACUUAAGUGGCUCCAGCUGCCUCUUUCUCCUUUCUGUCUGUCCUUUCUUUCUCCAGCUCUGCCUCUGCUUCUGCUCUUUGAUGGACAUUUUCCAAAUUUCAGGACAGGAUGGACAGAGAUGCUUGCUUUCAUUUCUUCCAGUUCACGUUGCUACCCGUUUCAUUUCCUCGUGCUUGUCUCUGGUCGACGAGCAAAGCUCUCCAGUCAAAUGGCGGCUCACCCCUCUCUCUGUUGGUUACAUGGUCUAAACAGAGGAAUUAAUAACAUAGAGAGGGGAUGGGUUCUCAAAGCUGUCAUUCUUAAGGAGGCAGUUACACUAAAAAAGCGUAUUAACCAAAAUUAACAACCAAACUAACAACCAAACAACCAUUUGCUCCAACUUCAAAGAUGAACUGUUACUUGGAGCUCUCUGUUCCUUUUGUGACUUCUGGUGCCACAAUGUUUUUUUAUGCUUUUAGUUUUUUCUUUUUGUUUCCUUGAAUUACUCCUCCUUCGAGCCUCAUAAGCAUGGCUCUGUGGCUCCAGGCAGCCCAUCCGAGGGUAGAAAAAAACAGCCUUGCAAUGUACAAAAAAGAGCAAGUUAAACCAAAAAUGUUGUUCUUGAUGUCUUUUCUAUACUGUAGUCUUGUUAGCUUUUUUGUUACUGUAAUUAUAUGAAGAUUUCCAAACUGUACCAAAUUACAUGGAAACUAACAUACAUACAACCACAUGGAACUUCAGACUUUUAAAGAAACUUUUGUCACAAAACCUUGUUGUCCUAGUUAAGUUGAUUGUAGAUGGUAAUUGAAUAUACUCCUUUGAAAAUAUUUCAUCAAGUAUGUUUCUUGCUCAUUGUGAUACAUUAAAAAAGUAUGAGCAUAAACUG